GUCAUAAAUGAACAAUUAGGAAUAAGAAAGAAAAAAAUUAAAUUUACUAUUGGUAUGAUCGUAAGACACUCAUCAAGAUUGUCUCGGCCUUCGUGUAAUGUUGAUAAUCACAAUGGUGUGAUAAUUGGUUGGCAUUACAAAUGUAAAGCUACAUUUGUACAUGAGAAUUUGAAUACUUUAGUUCCGCAACUGAGCGAAUGCUAUGAAAAUCAGCACAUUCUGCAUUCAUGUAGAUAUGAAACUUGCGAAUCGGACAAGUCGAUAUUUAUCCGUCAACCGCACUAUAUAAUUCUUACGAAUAAAAAUAAGAUAUGUUAUAUACCACAAGGUGAGGUAUCAAAACGUUCAUCAAAAUGGAUCAAUAAUGUAGAGGUAGGACGAUAUUUUUCUGCAUUUGAUACGCAUUAUGUACCAAAUGAAAAUUUGGCAAGGAAUUAUCCUACUGAUAUCGCUGUUAUGCACGAAAUAUUGUCUAAUCAGUAGUGUAUAUAAUAAUCC